AUGGAACUUGAAUCAGAUGUUAUUGAACUUCAACCGGAUGAUGAUAUGGAUACACAAUCUAUACCUGAAAUUAUGAAGCUUCAUUUUUAUCAUGAACCAAGUCAACGAUAUAUACAACAGCAUCAUGAUGAACAGUCAUCAAAUCAACAGAUGACAGUUCAUAUAAGAAAUGAACCGAAUCAGGUAAGAAAUUCCUAUCAUUUAGAUCCAAUAACAACAUUAACAAAAAAACAAAUACGAAAUCGAAAAACAAAUCGUCGUCAUCGUGCAAACUGUUAUUGA